GCCAUUUUGAGCCCCUCCAUAUCCCCGCUUAAUACAUUCAUUAUCAGAAAUCAUGGCAUCUACAGACGCGACAGAACUGCCGCCGGCUGCAACCCGACAGUCCAACUUCGAGCAAGCCGUCGCAUGCGCCCUACACCUAUGGCCGGCCCUGACCCUCUCGGUACAGAAUAACUGGGGAGGACCCGACUCUUCAGACAAACGAGAUUGGUUUGCUGGCGCCGUCGUCGACCUCUUCUCUGAGUUUACCGAUGCGCAGCCCGGAGAGACCGCCAAAGCCACCAAUGCCGCUGACGAACCGGACAUGGAAGACGUUGAGACAGUGCUGCUGCAAGUGAUGAUCGACGAGUUCGAGGUCAACAUCGAUGAUGAUUCUGGCCUGGAGGUUGCUAGAUCCAUCGUCAAAGCGAGAUCACAAUGUGCUAUCGGUGACUUCAGCGACGAGGUCAAGACCCUGAACGAACGAUUCGCGAAUCGGACGGCCAACAAGGUGGAUCAAAUGUUCAAGAAAGCCGAGGAUCAGGACCAAGAUACAGACUGGGAGUCUGGAGACAGCGACGAGGACGAUGGAGACAACGGAGGCGAUGUGGAUAUGGACGAGGCACCACCACUGGUAUCUGUCCGUAAGGAAAAGCCUGCCCCGGAAGUCGACGAGGAUGGCUUUACCAUGGUCACCAAGAAGAAGAGGUAGACCUAGGAUAGCAGAAAACCUGGGCCAGGAAGCUACCGCCACGGGAGAAUAUCCCACUCGACAUGAUCCAAAAACAAUAGGUACACCACACGACGCUGUGCUGACUCGACAUACCGAAUAAGCGAUAGCAAAGCCAAACGCCAAAUUGCCCAAGUGCUAGGAAACAGAUUAUGCACACAGAUAUAUGGAGUAGACGCGGCACAGGAUUACUCCCAGUCUUCGUCGCUGUCUUCGCCCUCGCUCUCCUCAUCGCUAUCAUCCUCCUCGUCACUGUCAGCGCUCUUUCCCUUUUUCUUGGGGUCUUUGGGACUAUUUGGCGUCUGAGUAGGUAUCUGGCUCGUCUUUCCUGAGGCCGCGCCGACAACAUCAUAGCUAGCAUCGGUCUCAGCUUCGGAUUUUUCAUCGUUGGAUUUCCUUGACAUCGGCAAUCGGCUUCUUGGUGAGAGCAGGUUUCUCGGAUUCUUCAUCAUCCUCUUCCGAAUCAUCUUCCUCUUCCUCCGAGUCGUCGUCAUCCCAGGCUACUUCAUCUUCAGCGGAUGCAGCUAGUAGAAUGUCAGCAAUUAUGAGACCAGAUAAUAGAAGCUACUAUAAAGCAAAUAUAUAGCAUAGUUUUGUAACACUUUACCUUUGAGGAGAUCCCUUCGUCGAGAUUCAGCUGUCUCGAUUCCAUGACGCAGGAAGUAAUAUCUCUUCCAGAAGUCGGCGUAAGGAAUCUGGUCGGGCACAAGUUUCUCCAUAGUUGCGCGCAGCUCGGGGUAUUUUGCUAGGUCGCCGCUAAUGUCCUCCGUCUUCUUAUCAAUAUCAAAGCCCUCCGUCCAUUGUUCGUAUUCCUCAGCAGAUGGGUCUUUGGUAAAGCUCUCUGUCGAUGUGUGGAUAACGUGAAGCUGUGCGUCGAAUCUCGAAGUGUGAAUCACCCGCUUUCCCUGGGCAUCCUUGCUCUCAAACAUGACUUGGCUGUUUUCGGCCGACUCAUCUGGAGGUGCAACGCUGAUCGCAUCUCGCAGGAAAUCUCGAAUGUUACUUCCAAAUUUAAGUAACG